AUGUCGAAAAAAGACGACCAGCUAAGCAUCGAUGAUGCUAGUUCGGUCGAAAAGAAAAAGUCAAAGAUCUCGUUUCCAUCGAAUCUUUACUACAUCAUUGGAAAUGAGUUCUGCGAGCGCUUCUCUUUCUACGGGAUGCACACUGUGCUCAUCUUGUACUUGACGAUCUUUCUGAAAUUCGACAAGGACAUUGCCACGAUUAUUUAUCAUACCUUCAUUGCGCUUUGCUAUUUUUUCCCGCUCAUCGGUGGAAUUAUGGCGGAUUCGUGGCUUGGAAAGUAUAAAACGAUUCUUUAUCUUUCUGUUGUUUACACAGCUGGGAUGAUUUUGAAUGCAAUUUCUGCGAUUCCAGAUCUUGGCGGUUACGGGGAAACCCUUUCGGACAACGUCGCUCAUGUGACAAUGCAUAUCAUCGGGCUAACACUGAUUGCCAUUGGAACCGGAGGAAUCAAGCCAUGCGUCAGUGCUUUUGGCGGUGAUCAAUUUGAAGAAGGGGAGGAAGAGUCUCUUUCAGCGUUUUUCUCAUUUUUCUACUUCGCCAUCAAUGCUGGUUCCCUUGUUUCGACAUUUGUUUCGCCCCUUUUGCGUGAAAAAGCUAGCUGCUUCGACAGAGAAGACUGCUAUUUUGCAGCUUUCAUGCUUCCAGCUGGACUCAUGGUUGUUUCGAUCAUCCUCUUUAUGAUCGGUCGAAAACAGUACAAAAUCCGUGAGCCUCAGGGAAACGUAUUUUAUGAGUUCUGCGCUAUAAGUUGGAAUGCAAUUAGAGGGAGAUGCAAAGCUUCAAGGGAUGAGAAAAAAUCGUCAGAGCAUUGGCUUGAUUUUGCACGAGGAAAUCCAAGAUGGUCUGAUCGAAAAGUCGAAGAUGCUAAAUUUGUCUAUCCGAUUGCUGUUGUGUUCUUGCCUCUUCCGUUUUUCUGGGCUCUGUUUGAUAUGCAGGGCUCAAGAUGGACGCUCACUGCUGCUCAAUGUAACGGCUAUAUCUUCGGCGACGAUACAGAUGCUUACAUGUUUCCUGAUCAUGCUCAGAUGAUCAACCCGAUUCUCAUCCUAAUUCUCAUUCCUAUUUUUCAGCUUAUUUACCCUUGCAUCGAUCGAAGCUGUUGUCGAGUCACUGAUCUUCGGAAAAUGUCGCUGGGAAUGGUCAUUUCUUCCGUUGCUUUCCUGAUCUCUGGCUUUGUUCAAAUUGCCAUCGAAAAAGAACUUACUGUCGUGCCGAAGUCUUAUCAAUACUCCACCGUUUUUUACAAUCCACUCGAAUCUGAUCCGAUUUUUGUGAAAGGAAGAGAUUCUGAAGGACGCAAAACAACAUGGGAAAUUGAAGCUAUGGGAAGAAGUUUAACAGAGGAAAUAAUUCUUGAAGCUGCCAGUGAUGCGGAUACGUUUUUGACAGAAACAGAAUAUUCGUUUGAUAAUAAGACCUGGAUGAAAUACGAUGUCACGAACGAGAAAGGGCAAAUAAAUCAUCAUCGUCUUCCACUAAACAAUGAUCAAUUUGACUGGAUUGCUUCUAAAGACAAAUCACAAGAUGGAAAAGUCAUUUUCGAUUUCAUCAAUCCAACAAAAUACGACGCUACAUUUUCCUUCCUGAAAACGAACAAGGACGAUUGGACACAAAUCGCGUUGAGCGCUAAAAAUACGACACAGAGCUACAAAACUCAAGAAACGCUUCAAGGAGAAUACAUCUUCAAAGUAUCAUCUCCAGGAUGCAAAAUAAUUGAGCCAGCUGAUAAAUAUAAGGAGUUCUUUGCGACUGGCUCUAUCUGGAGUAUCGUUCUUUUCCGCAAUGAAAAAGACGAGUGCCAGUUGACAUUUUUCAGAGACAACACGGAAAAUAAAGUAAGCCUCCUUGCACUCAUCCCUCAAUUCGCCGUCAUCACCAUUGCUGAAGUUCUGAUCAGUGUAACUGGCUUGGAAUUUGCUUACACUCAAGCUCCUCCGUCAAUGAAAUCUGUGCUUCAGUCAUUUUGGCUCUUGACCGUUUGCUUUGGCAAUAUUAUUGAUAUCUUUAUUGUGUCCAUUGAUUUUACUGAUUUACAGUCAACUGAAUACUUCGUUUUUGCUGCCUUGGUAUUUGCUGCAGCCAUUAUUUUCAUCCUGAUCUCGAUAUUCUACUACGAAUAUGUCCCCGAAGGUCAAUUCUCUGAGAAUGUCUACAAAGGCGAUGAUAACGAUGCAUUCGAUGACUUCGAAAAAACGGCUCUAGAAGAAAACGAUCCGGAGAAAAAACCAAGUGCUUUUGACUUGAAUGAUGAAACAACAGACUUGUAA